AUGGACCACAGUUUGUCCCAAUCGGAAUCAGCUUCGAUGGAGCAUUUGCUGCAGUUGUUGCAGCAGCAGCAACAAGUGGAAGUGCAACGACAGUUGCACUUCCUCUAUGAGGAGCUGCAAAAAAAACAGCCGCCGCAGGAGCAGACGCCGCAAGAGCAGCCGCUACAAGAGCAGCCGCUGCAGGAGCAGCAGCAGCAGCAGCAGCAGCAGGAGCAGCCGCAGCAGGAGCAGCCGCAGGAGCAACCGCAACAGCAGCAAAUAUACAGAAAAAGAAUAGGGGGCGGUCGCUCAAGGGCCCGUUGGCGAGCGCAGAGGGGGAUACCACCUCGCCGACGUGGCGCCCGUGGCGGCCGAGGUGGCGGCCGGGGUGGCGGCCGAGGUGGCGGCCGAGGGCUACUGGCGAAGGUCCACGUAAAAAAACCUAACGCGCUAUUAGUGGCACCUCAUGGGUAG